AGUUCUUCGGUUCGCAUCAGUUUUUGCCGUUCUGUUGUCGCAGCCGCUUAGCCGCGGUGCAGCUGCUCUUUAAGAAUCUCUUCGGACUCCUCUUCCUGGUUUAUUUUUGUUAAUGACUUUUCGUGUUCCAUCUCCUUUACAAUCUCUUCGUUUCUCCGUGCGUAUCGUUGAACAUAUCUUUUCUCUUUUCUUUCUCUUUUGUAUGUUUGUUUGCUUCAUAUUUAGUGUCUAUUGAGCAUAAACAAAUCUAUUUAUAUAUCUCUUUUUCUCAGACGUGCACCUGUUGCGAGCGUGGGAAGACGGCAUCGUACAUCGUAGAACGGCCUUGCAACGGCUGCGCUGGGGGGUUUGGUUUGUGUUUGUGUUUCUCACCUGCAAUACGCCGGCCUUUCUCAGACCGCUACGCUGAACUGUGCGUGGUUGAACCGCACAAACGUCCUUCUGGCGAUCCGUGUGCCACCGCUGCGUAGAACUUACACGUUUUUCUUUUUAUUUAUUUUUUUUUGCCGGCGCGAUAGCAAAUCAUCACGAGCGUGGGGUCUUCUUCUGCCGCUGUGCUGCGGUUUGGCUUGGUGAUUGCUGUCUCUACCAUCACGGUUCGCUCCGUCUGCCUAGCCUCGGUGAAGCAAGCAAACAAACAAAAUGCACGCCGACGCCGAUGCGGAUGCGAACCGCAUGAAGGAUUAUGAGGUGUUCGAACACAUCGGCUCCGGCGCCUCCGGGGACGUGUACCGCGUCGUCUACAAACCCACCAAUCGCACCUACGUAUUAAAGAAGAUGUCCCUCGCGAACAUGAGCGACGAGGAGCAGCUGCGCGCCAAACAGGAGAUUAUCGUGAUGGACGAAGUGGACCACCCCAACAUCGUGAAGUUUCGUGAGAGCUUCAGCGAUCCGGUCGACAACACCGUUGACAUCGUGAUGGAGUACUGCGAGUUUGGCACGUUAGAGGGCCUCAUUGAGCGACAACGCUACGAGGGCCGUCCUUUUCCCACGGACGUGCUGCUGGAGUGGAUGGCGGAGCUUCUUUGUGGGCUGGCGCACAUCCACUCCAAGCGCAUCCUGCAUCGCGAUUUGAAGUCGAGCAACAUCUUUGUCACGUCGAAGAACCACCUCAAACUGGGCGACUUCGGUGUGUGCACUAUAUUGGCCUUCCCCAACGCGAAGGCGGAGAGCAUGAUCGGCACGCCGCUCUAUUUCGCACCGGAGGUGUGCAACAACGACGCCUACGAUGAGCGCAGCGACGUGUGGAGCCUUGGCGUGGUCUUUUACGAGAUGUGCACCCUGCGUCGCCCCUUCGAGGGGGACAACUUGUUCAGCCUCAUCCAGCAGAUUUUGGACUCUGAAAUAGCGCCGUUUAACAACGGUGUGCCGAGCGAGUUGGAGGGCUUGGUCCGCUUGAUGCUCGACCGGGACCCGACGAGGCGACCGACAGCGCAGGAGCUCAUCGACGUCCACCUGGAGGUGCCUCCGAGUCAUCCGUCGCACCCUUCUCAGAAACCCUCGCGUGGACGCCUGUUACAGCAGUUUAGCGGGCCGGAGCUGCUUUACACGAAGCCGUGGCCGUCUCCGCCCGGUACGGUCGUGCCGGGAGCCUCGCCGAAGACGGCGACAUCGAACAGCGUCACCAGCGAGUGGAUUCAAACGAGCAACGCGGUCGACAUUCUCAUGGAACUCCAGCGGACCACGCACGGUAUCUCGAACGGUAAGAAGGAGGAGGGUGCAACGGAGGCGGCAGCGGCGACGCCUGCCGCAAGGACUCCCGCACCAGCGGGCGCGUCCGCCUUUCCGCGAUUGUCCGGCAGCGCGUCCAAAGCGAAGUCGGUGAAACCGGCGAAGAAGGUGGGCAGCACGCAGCCGCCCCCCACGACGAGUGUGAUAAAGCAUCCGCCCAGUCGCGCGAAAAAAGCCCCCUCAAAAUCGCCCUCACCGAGGGUGGAGGAGGACCUGCUGAACGGCUCGAGCGCCUCCAUCACGAUGCGUGACCUGCAGCUGGACAUCCAGCGACGACGGACGCAGAUGUUUGGCGACGAGGCGAACCUACUUACAGAUGAGGUCCCGGUGGUGAUCGAGCUGCCAGGUGGCUCCUUCCCCCAGGCGCUGGACUCACUACGCAGCAGCAGCAAGGUCGAGGAGUCUACAGUGAGGGAGGCGUCAUCGUUUUUGGCCGACAUCGCAGCGGUGCUCGACAAGCACACGACGAAUGGAAAGCACAUUAACCUCGAGCACCUCGACGACGCUGCGUGCCUUCUGUCGCAGUACAAAUUUCUCAACUACGGGCUCAAGUAG